AUGGGAACAGAUCCAGUAACAAAGCUGGCCCUUAACUGCACCAUCAGUAUACCUGCAUAUGAGUGUCGACGAAGCAGCGGGCUUGUGGUAAUCGGCGAAAGCAAUACAUUUUUUACUGAUUACGCUAAACGAACUAUCCAAUGGGUGGACACAAUUGCUGGCUUCUCCCUUGAGGCUUCAAAAAUCGAGCAUUAUUGCGCCAGACGAUAUCGAGUUCCGAUAAUCCCGAGUUUCCUGCUGACAACGAAGGCGCGUCACCUGGUGAAUACGAUUCUCGACACCACCACGUACAACUGCACGUCGAAGGCGUUACUGAAGAGCACCCUCUCGGAGGCCGUGCUAAGCUUGGUUCCGGUGGCGUGGGCGAGUCGGGCGCACGUCGUCCUAUCGAUGGACGACUUUCUGGACCCUUCCAGGGCCUCCAAAGAGGAAAAAAGACGUGUGCAGAAACUUCUCGAUCGCAUCGACACUCUGGCCUCGGACUGCAACCUCAACGUCACCAAACUUACAAUCCAAAUGCGUCAAGCGCACAUGGAAAGAGAAAAUUUUCGAGUUGGCAUGCUCUUUGCAUCCAAAUCCAUCGUCCAACUCGUUGUUAAUCCCUUUGUCGGACCCCUCACUAAUAGAAUCGGUUAUUCAAUUCCUAUGUUUACAGGAUUUCUCAUUAUGUUCGCCUCCACAAUCGUAUUUGCAUUUGGCGAAUCGUACACCAUCCUUCUCAUAGCACGAGCCAUGCAGGGUGCGGGCUCUGCGUGUUCGAGCGUCUCAGGUAUGGGAACGAUCGCGACCUUCUACACGGAUUCAAAGGAACGAACACGAGCGUUCGGAACUGCGCUCAGUGGUCUAGCGCUCGGUGUCUUAGUGGGUCCAACUUUCGGAGGCAUCGUCUAUCAGGCGCAUAAUGAUCUACACAAAAGCGAAAUUAUUAACUUGCAACCAACACUCUUCACAUCUUCUUCAGUCCUUCAGAUAGUGAUAUUGAAACCGUCGGUUCAUCCAGAGCAGGAACGUGGUGCUCCAAUUGUGAAAUUACUGCGAGAUCCGUACAUUCUUGUGGCAGCAGGUACCAUUCGAGUGUACCACGUCCUACUGAGUGCUCUUACAUUUGGCAACAUUGGCAUCGCCAUCCUCGAACCGGCAUUGCCGAUGUGGAUGAAGGAGCACAUGAAUGCCGAUAACUGGGCUCAAGGGAUUGCAUUUCUGCCGGCAAGCGUCUCCUACUUGCUAGGAACAAAUAUCUUCGGAAUAGUGGCCCAUCGAAUCGGACACUGGCUAAGCGCGUUUAUAGGGAUGAUUCUUUGCAGCAUUUGCCUUCUCUGUGUGCGUCUUGCACUUUUUUUCACCUGCAUCAAAAUCACACAUGAAGGGAUGGUGGAUGCCUCCAUGAUGCCUCAAAUGGGGAUUCUGGUGGACCUUCGGCAUGUUGCCGUCUAUGGAAGCGUCUAUGCCAUCGCAGAUGUUGCCUUUUGCCUCGGCUUUGCCUUCGGUCCCGCUGUUGGUGGAUGUGUGGCUCAGUCAGCUGGAUUUAGUUGGACCAUAUGGGGCAUCGCCAUUGUCUCAGCUCUCUACAGUCCGCUUUUACUUUUCCUUCGCAAUCCACCUUGCCGUGGAGAAAUUCAGCCCUUGACUGGAGGAAAAGAGGGAGCAACCGAUAUUGCCAACAAAAGUGCUGCCGAGAAUUUCUCCUUGGGUGACGCUCUGGGCUACGACCCCACAGAGGGAGGCCAAAAAGCCUACGAUUACGACAAUCUCGUCGCUGAUUUCAGCAGCUGUAUCGCUAACGCCAUCUUAGCCCCGUUCCCCACCCCGCCCACACUGCACUUCCUAACCCCCUUCCCAUUCCUCCUCCAUCUCUCCCUCAGUCGACCAAGUUGGCGAAUAUCAUUCAAGACGGCGAGUGGACAAGUAGACUUUAGCGAGGGCCCCCUAGCCUAUCCCAUGCCCUCACCUAAGACGACGCGGUCACCACAGGCGUAA